AUGCCGUCAGCCACUCUCAAAGCUAGUCUGCAGGCAGACCCAGCUAAGCGGAGCCGUUUCGCUUCGGCGAUCAACUUCAACUCUCCAGCUAAUGGUGUCGCUCGUCGUGGCAGCACCAGUGCACGAACCAUCCGCACAAUUGCUUCCACUGCAACAACCAUUUCCGUCCACAUCUCGAAACCAAAGACCAUCUGGCGGUAUGGAGUGCAAAAAGCUGUCAGGGUAUGGAGACGAAGAGCAGGAAGAAAGCGACGAUCUGUCCAGAACACAUUCUCGGUCACGAGGGCUCCCUCAAGUCCGAGACCAGUCCGCCGCGGUCCUUCCACUCACGCUCAACAACCACGACCGGAGCCUGAGCCUGAGCCGGUGAUCAAGAGAACGACAUUCAUUCUCGCUAACCCGACUGGGGAGUACAGCCCUGAAGUCCCGGACCUCGAGACCCCUUGCACUGCCGACUUCAGAGGAUCAGUCAACCCUUCCAAUAUCCAUGGCCGCCGCAGCGACAUUACAAGAGACCAGAGCGAUAGGCGCCUUGACGGACUUCCACCUUCACUCCAAGUCCGCGGCAUUGGAGGUACGGCCACACAGCUGAGCGCUGAUCCAUCGCCAAAGAUUCCCGCUACUGAACCACGGCCUACAAUCGCGACGCCCAGGCUUCCGUACAUGCCUGCUCCACCGCCUUUCCGUGCGAAUUCGCUUCGCAGCAAUCUCAAUCGAUGCUCGGGAGUUCAUGAUGGCCCAGAGCAGGCAUGGGCCAAACUCCACCAAAGCCAUCCGCCUGAGAUCGAUCAGGCUGACUUUAACAGAUUCGUCAGAGACUACGCAAGGGGCCAUCGACACAACGGCAACAAGCCGCUGCCGAGUGCACCUUCCCAAGGCAAGUUCCAGCCUUACCAGCCUGGUCGUCAAGCGACUGCUCCCCGAAGUGAGUUCGUUUCCGACCGCCCUCUCCCGACCCCUCCCAUGCCCACCACACCGCCACCUCCACCACCUCCACCACCUCCACCGGCAUCUUCGGCACGACAAUCACAGUAUCAGUCAUACCAUCGUGACAGGGUUCGUGAUCCUGCCGCGCCUGUGCCAGCGUUCACACCACACGCACCACUGCCACCUACGCCUUCCACCCCACAGCCCCCAGGCCGUGGGCGCAACAACGGCAAGCAGCCUGCUGAUCCGAACUUCGGCCGUGCACCCAACGACACCACUGCAGGUCCAAGUAGGCUCAUCCGCGAGAACCAUCAGCGACAAUCUCAAGCCUACGACAAUGCUGACCUUGAGAAGAUGGAGAGCCCUGAUAUUGCGGUCAAGUCUCUCACUAUCAAGCGCAAGCCUCUUCCAUCGCCAACCAAAGCCAACAGAGUGCGCAGAAGCAGACUUCAGGCUGGUCUUCCACCAGUUCCCGAGGCCAGCACCCCCGUCGCAGGAAGCUCUUCGGCACACCCAGACGCACUUCGACCUACACGACCGGUGAGUACUGUCGCAGCUCCAACUGCUGUGCCUGACUCUACGGUCAUGAAUCACAUGCUUCAAGCUGUGAUGGCGCUCACAAGCGAGGUUCGAAGCCUUCAAGCCACCAAUGAGAGCCUCGUCGCUCGACUUGACGCCUUUGAGCAGGGCAGCAAGCGACCUUAG